AUGGAAAAAUUGAUUUGGCAUGCUUUAACCUUCUACAACUGCAAGAACUUGACAGUGAAAAAGCUUAAGAUUGAAGAUGCACAACAAAUUCACAUUUCUUUUGAGAAAUGUGUGAAUGUUGUAUCUUCUAAUCUCAUGGUGACAGCACCCAAGAAUAGCCCCAACACUGAUGGGAUUCAUGUCGCAAACACCCAAAACAUCCAGAUUAAAAGCUGUGCUAUUGGAACAGGUGAUGAUUGUAUAUCUAUUGUGAGUGGGUCUAAGAAGGUACAAUUCAUAGACAUAAUUUGUGGACCAGGUCAUGGUAUCAAGCCUUCCAUUCGUAUCUCUAACUAA